AUGAACUCGAUCCAAACUCUACUAUCCAACAUCAAGUCAAAACCAAAAAAAUGCAGGUUUCAAUGCCCUUCUGAUACAUUCAAGUCAAAACCAAAGGAUACAAUAAGAUCAAAAUAUGAUAUAACAAAAGUGAGUCCGUUUAAGAAAAAGAAAAGCCAGAAUCAAGUACCCAAACAUGGACAUGAACUUCGAGGUAUAGAUGGAGCAGUUCACACAUUCAUCACUAAAACAUGUUCUCCAAACGUCUAUCUGCCACUUAUUUCUAAUAAGUACAUGAUGAUUCAAUUUUUCCCGCAAGACCACAUCAUUAGUAACUUUCGAAAAUCAAAUAUUUCAUUUAUUUUCCAAUUAUUUCGACUACCAAUUUUGAACGAUCUUGAUACUGAGAGAAGUUUUAAACAAUAUGGAGGAAAGUAUAAUGACAUGCAAUUUUUCAAAAGCAAAAGUCGACCGAAUCAAUCAGCUUGUGGAAGAUCAAAGUUGAAAUCUCAUUUUAGACAACUUUUUAUUGAUGCAUUGGGAGAAAGUAAGUCUAAGGUUGAGAAACUUGCAGGGGUUUACGUAAUAUCUGUUUUGAAAGUCCCAGUAAACGGAGAUCAAGAAAAUUUUGUUAAAAAUGAAUUUAAAAAAUUAAUAAACAAUAUAUGUUCGAAACAAAAGUCCACUAAUGUCAAUAAAAAGUCAAAAAAAAUGAUCUCACAAAAACCGAUCAAACUUGGUCCUACCCUCGGCCAAGUUCAAUAUUCUUAUAAAAUUGGGAAUCUUAAAGACAACAGAACUAGAUUCCCCUAUAUUAAAAUGUCAGAAUUAACGCAAUGUAAAUAA